AUGUCAAAAUUUGGCGUUUUGGUGAUGGGCCCGGCCGGCGCGGGCAAGACGACCUUUUGCAACGCCAUCAUCCAGCAUCUGCAGAACACGCGCCGAAGCUGCUUCUACGUCAACCUGGAUCCGGCCGCCGAGACCUUCCAGUAUGAGCCCGAUCUCGACAUCCGCGAGCUGAUCACCCUCGAGGAUGCCAUGGAAGAGCUGGAGCUGGGCCCCAACGGCGGGCUCAUCUACUGCUUCGAGUUCCUCAUGCAGAACCUCGAUUUUCUCACCGAGGCCCUGGAGCCUCUCAGCGACGACUUCCUGAUCAUCUUCGACAUGCCCGGCCAGAUCGAGCUGUACACGCAUAUCCCGCUCCUCCCAACACUGACCAACUUCCUCAGCCGCCAAGGCCCGCUGAACAUCUCCAUGUGCGCCACAUACCUUCUCGAAAGCACCUUUGUCAUCGACAAGGCCAAGUUCUUUUCCGGCACCUUGAGUGCCAUGUCCGCCAUGAUCCUGUUGGAGAUGCCGCACAUCAACAUCCUCAGCAAAAUGGACCAGGUCAAGGACAUGGUCGGUCGCCGCCAGCUGAAGAGGUUCGCCAAUGUCGAUGUACAGCUGCUCCACGAUGACCCCAGCCAGGAAGAAGAAGACGAACAAAGACGAGAAUUUGAAGAAGAUCCCGAAAAGGACCCGCUAUCGAAAGAUGCGCUGAUGAGCGGCGGCUCGUUCAACCGGCUAAACAAAGCCGUUGGCCAGCUGAUUGACGACUUCAGCAUGGUGUCUUUUCUCCAGCUCGACGCACAGGAUGACGACAGCGUUGGUGCAAUCCUGAGCCAUAUUGACGACGCAAUCCAAUUCCACGAAGCCCAGGAGCCGCGCGAGCCAAAUGACGCUCAAGACGUGGACUGGGAGGAUAAAGAUAUUUGA